GCAUGGCAAAAUACUGCCAGAUCAGCAAAAAAUUGUUUACUGCUUUUUUUGUCCUUUGUUUUUGAAGCUUCCUGACUCAAGAAUCUCGUUCAGAAUGGCUGCAGGUCUCCCACUGGGUAAUGUUGGUGGUGGAAAGUACGACGCUGCUCUGAUGGGCAUUCUCCAAGACUGUGUGAAGCUGCCAGUGUUUAUGGACACCAUUUUCAGCUUCCUGGCCCGGAGGACUGACUUCUUCAUUAUCAUGGAGCCUGGCGACACUCAAGCCAAGAUGGGCUUCCUGGAGAGAGAGUCCGAGACUAUGGUCUUGUCGGCCUUCAAGAAGUACGAGCUUCUCACUCGUAAGCGAGAGACUGAGCUGAUGAGAGAGGCGGAGACUAAACUUCUCGAGACUCCACCCUCAAUUGAACCCAUCACGGAUGAACUACCCAUCACUCUCCCUCCUCCGAGCUCUUCGGCGAAAUCGUCGGAGUUAGUGAAGCAAGUGACGGCAGCUGCUGAGAAGGUCUCGGACACGUACAACGGAGCUGAGAUGGACAACUACAAGUGGUCUCAGACUCUGUUGGAUUUGGACAUACGGGUUCCUGUUUCCAAAGGAACCAAGUCCAAGGACGUAAGGGUGGAUAUAAAAAGUGAUCGCCUUAAAGUGGAGCUCAUCAGGCCAAGGAGGAAGCUGCUCCUCGAGAGCCGCCUCCUCCACAAGAUCAAGGUGGAGGACAGCAUGUGGCUACUGGACAGCGCCAAAAGAUGCCUGGUCAUCACUCUGGACAAGACCAAGGAGAUCAUGUGGAAGAGUGUGUUUGUGGGGGAGAAGGGGAUUGACCUCACCAAGGUGGACACCACUCGUGAUAUCAGUGAGUUCGACGUGGAAACCCAAGCUGCCAUACAGAAAGCAAGCUAUGACAACCACAUGAAGAUGCUUGGGAAACCAUCCAGCUCGGAUAAGAAGGCUCACGACAUACUGAGGAAGGCAUGGAAUGCCGAGGGUUCGCCAUUUAAAGGGACUCCAUUCGAUCCGUCUCGCGUCCAAAUCUCAGGAAAUUGGAACUGAAAAAAUAACUUUGUUUAUGACUUGAACGAACAUUUUCUUGUAUUAAUUGUUUCUUGUUGUUUUCCAUGUCAGAGGAGGUACGACCUUAGAUAGAACACAAGUACCUCAAUCAAGGAGAUAUUGAAUUUGAAUGGAAUGUUAAUUAUUAGAA